AUGGUGGAGCCAGUGAACUCUUCGCUUGGGAAAAUGCUCAUGGAGGAGGUCAGUCCAGUGGUCAUGGUUCUCUGUACGCCCCUUGUUGAGGAGACUUUUCUCAAGAAUGGGCUAUCAUUUGUGGAAACGCUCAAGCCAUUCUGCAACUUUAGUAACAUCGAUGUUCCUGUUCGGACAUCAGGCGAUCAGCUUUAUCGGCUGAAGAAGUUUACGUUGAGAUUGUUUUAUGCCUCCGAUAUCAGACAACCAAACGUAGAGGUUGCAAAGCAACGGCUAGAACAUGUUAUUACUCAAGCUGGGGAGAAGGAUUUUCACGAUUUGGAAUCUGACCCUCCUCAAAUUACUGAUAUACUCUCCAAUCCAGAGUCUGAAAUUGCACCCACAUGGUUUCAGUAUUACAAUAAAGAACUUAUACGUACAUUGUCGUUUUCAGACCAUGAAGCUUUCGAUCAUCCCGUAGCUUGUCUCUUGGUUGUUUCAUCAAAAGACGAAGAACCUAUAAAUAAAUUUGUAGAUCUUUUCAACACCAAUAGAUUACCUUCGUUGCUUAAUGAUGGCGCAAUGGACCCGAAGAUUUUGAAGCAUUACCUGUUGGUGCAUGACAAUCAAGAUGCAACAACAGAGAGAACGUCUAAAGUUCUGUCUGAGAUGAGAAGUACAUUUGGAAAUAACGAAUGCAACUUACUUUGCACUAAUUCAUCUAAAGAGGGAAACAUGGAACAUCAGGCUAAUCCCUGGGCUUCAUUUAAAUCAAGUGUUUCGGCCGACAAACUUGGAUGUGCUCUCACUGGGGACGAUAUUGUGGAGAUCAAAGAUCUGAUUCAAGAGUUUGCUUCCAGGCAUAUAAUUCCUUACAUGGAGCAGAAAGUUCGAGAACUUAAUCUACAGAUUUCUGCAACAAGGAAAGGACUUCGAAACCAGAUAAAAAACUUAUGGUGGAGAAAAGGAAAAGACGAUGUUCCUGAUACAACCAAAGGUUCUAUGUAUACCUUUAGCUCCACCGAAUCUCAGAUUAGAAUUUUGGGUGACUACGCCUUCAUGUUGCAUGAUUAUGAACUUGCAUUGUCAAGCUAUCGAUUAAUAUCAACAGAUUACAAGCUCGAUAAAGCUUGGAAGCACUAUGCUGGUGUUCAGGAAAUUAUGGGACUUGCAUAUUUCAUCUCAGACCAGUCAAAAAAGGAAGCUGAGUACUGCAUGGAAAAUGCAUUCAGCACUUACAUGAAACUUGGGAAGUCUGGCUUCCAAAAUGCUACGAGAUGUGGGCUCUGGUGGGCAGAGAUGCUAAAGGCCAGAGACCAGCACAAAGAAGCUGCUUCUGUUUAUUUUCGCAUAUGUGGAGAGGAACCAUUGCACGCUGCAGUCAUGUUAGAGCAAGCUUCUUACUGCUUCGUGUUAACUAGGCCAGCGAUGCUACACAAGUAUGGAUUUCAUCUAGUUCUCUCAGGAGACCACUAUAAAAACUGUGAUCAGGUUAACCAUGCAAUUCGUACUUAUAGAAGUGCAAUCUCUGUUUAUGAAUCCACUACAUGGAGCCAUAUCAAAGACCAUGUAUAUUUUCAUAUUGGACAGUGGUAUGCAAUUGUUGGGUUGCAUGAUGUUGCAGUUAAAAACAUGCUCAAAGUGCUGGACUGUGGCUACCAAUCCAAGGCAACCCAAGAGAUUUUUCUCAGGGACUUUUUCGACAUAGUUAAGAAAACUGGAAUGAAGCACGAGGUGGUGGGACUUAAACUACCAGUUAUUAAUAUGUCGUCUCUUCAAGUUAUAUAUGACGACCAUCGCACUUAUGCAUCUCAAGCUUCUGCUCUUGUAGAAGAGAGCAUCUGGCAAUCACUGGAGGAUGAUAUCAUUCCAUCAUUAAAUUCUGGCAAGUCAAACUGGCUGGAGUUACAGUCAAAGCUUCUGCCAAAGAAAUACAAAGAAUCAAAUGUUUGUGUUGCUGGAGAAUCAGUGAAAGUGGAUCUGGAGUUUAGGAAUCCAUUGCUAAUCUCUACUUCCAUAACAAGCGUUUCUCUCAUCUGUGAGCUUACCGCAAAUUCUGAUGACCUAAACUUAGAUAAAGAGCCAAGUAGCUCAAGCUUGGGGCCUGAGAGUUCCCCAGAACAUAAUCAGGGUACAGCCUCUGGUUUCUCUUCUUUCACUUUGUCAAAAGUGGACUUAACAUUAGCUGGACGCGAGAAAAAAUUGGUGAGACUCACGGUUACCCCCAGUGAAGAAGGUAUCCUCAAAAUUGUCGGUGUAAGGUGGGAAUUGUCUGGCUCCAUCGUAGGUGUGCAUUACUUCCAAUCCGUGCCUGUAAAGGCGAAAACUGCUAGAGGAAGAAGGAAAAACAAACUUACUCCCACCGAUGCCUUGAAAUUUUUAGUCAUCAAGAGUCUGCCCAGGCUUGAGGGUUCAAUUGGCCAUCUGCCUGAGAAAUUGCAUGCUGGAGAUCUACGUUAUCUUGUUUUAGAGUUAAAAAAUAAGUCAGAAUCCCCAAUAAAGAAUCUCAAAAUGAAGAUUAGCCAUCCUAGAUGUUUUAGUCCUGGAAAUCAUGAAGAAGAUCUGGCAAUUGAAUUUCCAGAUUGCUUAAAGAAGGGCGAUGAACGAAAUAUUGUUCAGCGUGAAACUAGGCCAAGUAGUGUAUUUGCAUUCCCAAAGGAUGUAUCACUGCAACGAGACAGAUCGUUGAGGUGGCCUCUUUGGCUUCGAGCUGCCAUCCCAGGAACGAUAGCGUUGUAUAUUACAAUAUACUAUGAGAUGGAAAAUGUAUCAAGCAUCAUGAAAUACCGCACUCUAAGGAUGCAUUAUAAUUUACAGGUUUUGCCAUCUCUGGAGACCUCGUUCAAAAUCAGCCCCUCUCCAUCAAGAUUGCAAGAAUUUCUUGUGCGUAUGGAUAUCGUGAACCGUGCGAACUCAGAUUCUUUCCAAAUUUAUCAGUUGUCAACAGUUGGGUGCCGGUGGGGUAUCUCAUUGCUUCAGCCGGUUGAUACAAUCUUACCUUCCAAGUCUCUACUCGCUGGGCAAGCUUUAUCUUGUUUCUUCAUGAUAAAGGAUUGCAAAAAAUCAGGAACUGAAGAAGAGAAAACCACGUCCGAUCCUCCCAGCCAAACCGACGUAAAAUUGUUUACUCAGGAUGACGAUGAAAAGCUCUUCGAUAUUGUUAACUCACCUUUAGCAAGCUUCCAUGAAAGCGAAAGGUCAUGCCAGGGAGCCUCAGAUCAGGUAAAUCCGAAUACAGUUGACUUCGUUCUAAUCUCUCGCCUGGCAAAAAGCAGCAAUUCAUCAGCAGAGAUUCUGUCUCACCAUUCAUGUCAUAAUAGUAUCAGAAGCUCAAACCCGCUCUCGUGGUCACUAGAAGGUCCCCAAACCAUAAACCACGACUUCUCGACCUCCUUGUGCGAAAUAAAACUAAAGAUGACAAUCAGAAACACAUCUGAUGGAUUAUCAUCUGUGAGCAUCAACACCACUGAUUGCCUACCAGACGCAGCAGCACCAACUCCUUCCUCUGGAAACCAAUCCGGGUGGCGAUACUUGACAACCGUAACAGAGGAAAUGAAACUUACUUCGGAUGUGAUGGCAAGCCGCCUGGGAAAAUCGCCGUCUUCCAUGGAAACCUCGCCUCCUUUCAUAUGGUCAGGUUUAAGUUCCACAAAGGCUCAAAUCCAGCCAUUGUCCACAAUCGAAAUCCCGCUGCAGAUAUCCGUGUUUUCUCCAGGUAUCUACAAUCUAUCUUCAUAUAAUCUAAACUGGGAGCUUUCGGGGCAUGGAAAGGCGUCAUCAACAUCAUCAGGGACAUGUCAAGGCUAUCCUUAUUACCUUACUGUUCUUCAGUCUGAGUGA